AAAAAUGCGCAUUUAGUGGUGGUGGAGGUGGCGGGGGUGGGGGGUACACCUUCCCAUAGCAGCUUCCGUUCCCGGAGAUUUCAGCUCCCGGGAUCACCCAGCACCCCGCGGGCACAGUUAACAUUUUAAUCACGCCUCCGUCCCCACCCUCUGAAUUCCUUUCCCGCUGCCGAUCCGUCGGGUAGUCCCUUCCAGGCCGCCCCAGCUUAUCACCCCCGGCCCGGCCACUUCCCGGCCGCGGCCAGGCGAGUCUCCCAAAGUUUCCUGUGACGCCGCCGUCCGCCUCCGGCCCAUCCCGCCCUCAUUCCCACCGCCACAGUAGUGGACGCCGGCUCGAGAGGAGCGGGCUACGCCGACGAAGAGAGCAGCUCAAACAGGAGGACCGCGGGACCCCACCCGAACCCGGGAGCGGGCCCACAGGGCGGCGUCCGAAGCACCACGCCUUCACUCGUCGCGCCCGCGGCCCAUCAGGCUUAGAGCCCGAAUCCCACCCCUCGGGGACCCCGGCCAAUCGGCCGCGCCCCGCCUCCUGGGAGGUGGUGGAGGAGGGGGUUGGGGCCGGGCGGCAGGCGCCCGCCUUCCGCUUGUGCCCAUUGGCUGAGGCCUCGAGGGAGCCCGAAGACCGGCGAGCAGCUGGAUUGGCCGCAGAGGUUCCUGACAGCGGCGCCCAUUGGCUGUGGCGGCCCCCGUGACGCGGGGUGGUGACUGGCUCCCGUGUCCGAGGGGCUCCUGCUUGUCAGGUUCUAGCUCAUGUUUUCUGGCUAGCUCUAUGAUCAUUCCCGUGAGACUUCACUGAACGUUUUCACAAGUGUCUUCCUCAUCCCUAAUGUGUAAUCCUUCAACAUGGACCUGCUACUUUAGCUAAGAUAUAACCAGCAAUGAAUAGUAAUAAGAUAUGUGCUGACUAGAAGGCUCACUUGUGCAGUGUAGAGGAUAAGACAGUGCCUUACAAAAAUGGGGUUUGGGAGUGACCUGAAGAAUUCACAUGAAGCUGUGUUGAAAUUGCAAGACUGGGAAUUACGAUUACUGGAAACAGUGAAGAAAUUUAUGGCUCUGAGGAUAAAAAGUGAUAAAGAAUAUGCAUCUACCUUACAAAACCUUUGUAAUCAAGUUGAUAAGGAAAGUACUAUCCAAGUGAAUUAUGUCAGCAAUGUAUCCAAGUCUUGGCUACUUAUGAUUCAGCAGACGGAACAACUUAGUAGGAUAAUGAAGACACAUGCAGAGGACCUAAAUUCUGGACCCUUACACAGGCUCACCAUGAUGAUCAAGGACAAGCAGCAGGUGAAGAAAAGUUAUAUAGGUGUUCAUCAACAGAUAGAGGCAGAGAUGAUUAAGGUUACAAAGACAGAAUUAGAGAAAUUAAAAUCCAGCUAUAGACAGUUAAUAAAAGAAAUGAAUUCUGCCAAAGAGAAAUAUAAAGACGCUUUAGCUAAAGGGAAAGAAACUGAAAAGGCUAAGGAACGAUAUGACAAAGCCACAAUGAAACUUCAUAUGUUGCACAAUCAGUAUGUAUUGGCAUUGAAAGGGGCACAGCUUCAUCAGAAUCAGUAUUAUGAUACCACACUUCCUCUGCUUCUGGACUCCUUACAAAAGAUGCAAGAAGAAAUGAUAAAAGCACUAAAAGGUAUAUUUGAUGAAUACAGCCAGAUAACUAGUCUUGUCACAGAGGAAAUAGUGAAUGUCCAUAAAGAGAUUCAAAUGUCGGUUGAGCAGAUAGACCCUAGCACAGAAUACAAUAAUUUCAUAGAUGUUCACAGAACAUCAGCUGCUAAAGAGCAAGAAAUUGAGUUUGAUACUUCCUUACUAGAAGACAAUGAAAAUCUUCAGGCAAAUGAGAUUAUGUGGAAUAAUUUAACAGCAGAAAGUUUGCAAGCAAUGUUGAAAACUUUAGCAGAGGAACUUAUGCAAACACAGCAGCUGCUUUUAAACAAGGAGGAGGCUGUCCUGGAGCUAGAGAAGAGAAUUGAGGAAUCUUCUCAGACCUGUGAAAAGAAAUCUGAUAUUGUGCUUCUGAUAAGCCAAAAACAGACACUUGAAGAACUGAAACAGUCAGUGCAGCAGCUGAGGUGCACUGAGGCAAAGUUUACAGCACAGAAAGAAUUACUAGAGCAAAAAGUACAAGAGAAUGAUGGAAAAGAGCCACCUCCAGUAAUAAAUUAUGAAGAAGAUGCACGAUCAGUUACAUCUAUGGAAAGAAAGGAGAGGCUAUCCAAGUUUGAGUCUAUUCGUCAUUCAAUUGCUGGAAUAAUUAGGUCUCCAAAAUCUGCACUGGGCUCUUCAGCAUUCUGUGAUACAGUCCCUGUAAGUGAGAAGCCCCUGGCAGAACAGGACUGGUAUCACGGUGCGAUUCCCAGAAUAGAAGCGCAAGACCUGUUAAAACAACAAGGAGACUUCUUGGUGCGAGAGAGUCAUGGGAAACCUGGUGAAUAUGUCCUUUCUGUAUAUUCUGAUGGACAAAGGAGACACUUUAUCAUACAAUUUGUUGAUAAUAUGUAUCGAUUUGAAGGCACUGGGUUUUCAAACAUUCCUCAACUUAUAGAACAUCACUACACAACAAAACAGGUCAUCACUAAGAAAUCAGGUGUAGUUCUGCUGAAUCCCAUUCCUAAGGAUAAGAAAUGGGUUCUCAAUCAUGAAGAUGUCACAUUGGGAGAAUUACUGGGCAAGGGAAAUUUUGGUGAAGUAUAUAAGGGCGUUUUAAAGGAUAAAACCGAUGUGGCUGUUAAAACAUGUAAAGAAGAUCUUCCUCAGGAACUGAAAAUAAAAUUUUUACAAGAAGCCAAAAUUCUCAAGCAAUAUGAUCAUCCCAAUAUUGUCAAACUUAUAGGAGUUUGCACACAAAGACAGCCUAUCUACAUCAUUAUGGAAUUGAUUCCAGGAGGCGACUUCCUCUCUUUUCUGAGAAAGAAGAAGGAUGAUAUAAAACUCAAACAAUUAGUGAAAUUUUCAUUAGACGCUGCUUCCGGUAUGUCAUAUCUCGAAAGUAAAAACUGUAUACACAGGGAUCUUGCUGCAAGAAACUGCCUUGUAAGUGAAAAUAAUGUUCUGAAAAUCAGUGACUUUGGAAUGUCUCGUCAAGAGGAUGGUGGAGUGUAUUCUUCUUCUGGCUUAAAACAGAUUCCCAUUAAAUGGACAGCACCAGAAGCUCUUAAUUAUGGGAGAUAUAGUUCAGAGAGUGACGUGUGGAGCUUUGGCAUCCUCCUGUGGGAGACCUUCAGCUUAGGUGUCUGUCCAUACCCUGGAAUGACAAAUCAGCAAGCACGUGAGCAAGUGGAAAGAGGAUACCGAAUGUCAGCCCCACAGAAUUGUCCGGAGGAUAUCUUUAAAAUUAUGAUGAGGUGUUGGGAUUAUAAACCUGAAAACCGCCCCAAGUUCAGUGAACUUCAGAAAGAGCUCACUGUCAUCAAGAGGAAGAUCACAUAGUGAUGAUGGAACAGUGCCAAACACAGCCUUCAGGACCCAGUCUUCCAGCACAGUAAUUUUGUUCUUCUUGUUAACAAUGAGUUUAUACCACAUUACCUGCAACAGUCUGCUAAGGUUAUUAUUUUUUUAUUAUUAAAUGUGUGUUUUUUUUAAAUAUGUGCCACUUACAAAAAAAGGCAAAGACAAAUGCAUUCAAGAAACAGUCCUACCAAGGGCUUUAUUAGCCCACCACAGCACUCCUGCCAUUUCAGGUCACUGUAAAUAGAGAAGCACAGGCUGUAAUGUGAGAAAAAACAGAUCUGUCUUUUCCGCACCAGGACCACUGAUGUUUCUCAAAGCUUUUCUACUUCAGGCACAGUUCAUUGGCUGUCAUCCUAUGCUCCAGACCUGACUCGAUCGGUGCUAUAAGCUGCCUUGGUAAUGCCAUGUUUGCAGGACAUAUUCCAACCAAAGUUGGCUUUCUGCUCUGCCAAGGCAAGACUAUAUUUGUAAACAUCAUUUUUAUAUUGGGAAUUAUUUGGCCCUCCUAGGGUUUUUCUUUUCUUUCUCGCCAGAAAUAAGUGCAGUGUAAGAAUCAUCACUCUCCUGUAUUAUUAGUAAAGUGGUUGUUUCCCUUC